AGUGUUUCUCCCAUCUCUCACCCGAGGUCAACCGUCUAUCGCAACUGUGUGGCCCCAGGAGAUGGCGGAGAUGACUGGUCUGGCGCUAGGCGCCAUCUCUCUUGGCAUACAGGUCUGCAAGGGCGUGAUCGUGUAUGCCGAUGCACUUCGAGGCAAAACGGACGACCUCGCGGGCCUCGAAGAAAAGGCCAGAGCGCUCUCGGGCACUCUGGACGCGGUUAGUCGGACAAUCGACCGUCUUUGGCCCCCGCCCACGAACCCGCCAUCGCCAACAGCGGUGUCUUUACUAGCCGCAAUCGCCAACAGCACAAAAGCUUGCGAGGCCGACUUGUCCGAAAUGGAGCGCUUUCUUGUCAAGUACGCAGGCGGUUCCACGUUAUCGGGAUCGAUGCUGAGAGAAAGAUUUCAAAAUGCCUGGAAGAGACUCCAGUACGGCUUCAAAGCCGGAGAAAUCAGUAAGAUGGAGGCUAAGUUGGCCAGUGUCAAUUCCAUAUUGCUGCUAGCCCUGCAGGGUCUUGGCAUGGACCUUGCGAUCGACGAAGCUGCCAGCACCAAAACAAUCCUAGAUAACACCGGUCAGAUCCUGAAGAGGACCGAAAUUCAAGAUCGAGAACUUUCAAGAAUCCAGUCAGACACAACAAAGACCUUGCAGGAGCUUGGUGCAGCGCAAGAGAGCAUUGGCAGGAUGAACAGAUCUCUCGCGACCACUCUCACCACGAGCCUCCCAGCACUCCAUAACGAUAUAAACGAGGCCGCCAUAAGCGCGGUCGGGCGUGUUGAAUCUCUGUCGACGCGUAUCGAGGACGUGGUUGCCUCGAGUCAGACAAUCCACACAACGGAGGUUGCAUCAUUGAGACACAUGUUACAGGUCCAAACCAAAGCGUUUGAGGAUCUGACCGCCGGACUCAACGGCUGGAUUCUUCCCAAUAACAGACAACUCGUCGUGCAACGGCUAACUGCACGUCCGGCCAUGCUUCAACAUGCCAUGCACGACAUGGAUCGCGUGCGUGCAACUCAGGAGCAGCUCGAGACGGCGCUGUACGAUGGAGAUCCGACUACGAGAGACUUGGCUAUGUGCAACUGCCGACCAAACUCUUCCACACAGUCUUGGCGGACGCGCCUUGGGGUUUCCUCUUUUGCGCUGACGACCCGACGGCAUGUCUCUCAACAUCACCCAGGAUGUGUGCUCUCAAGAAACUCGACUGAUCGGCCCACCACUGAACAUGCAGUAGCCGCCCAGAUCGGGGUGUUUAAUACCGUGAUUGACACGGCACUGAAGCUUACCUACUUCUGGCGACAGGGAGCCGGAGGUUUCAGCAUAAGUCCUGCAUUCUCUAUCUGUGCCGUUGUUGACUCACGGCUCUCGCCGUCAUUUAGGCUUACCAAACUCCUCUCUCGGUUUAUGAUUUACAACAAUCCAGAUGCUUCUAUUGGCCCGGUCUUUAUUUGUCACUAUAAAGUGAAGCUGAGAGAAAUCUUCCAGUCUGGCAGGGCAUCCCCAACCGACCUCGACCAAUAUGGCAGAACGAUUCUCCAUAAAUUGGCAAUUUCCAUGCAUUAUGUGAAUGGAGACGCGAGACUAGGCCAAGAGUCGGCACACAAUGUCAUCUCAGAUAUGGUUCACGUGCUUGGGGUUCCGCUUGAGCAACAAGAUCAUGGAGGCUUCUUGGCUUUACACUGGUAUCUCCGGGACCUGGCCGGCCUAGUGACGAGGUUUCAUAGAGCGAUCAAAAGUUUGAUUCCACAGGGUAACGGUGGCAAAUAUUCUACCCCGAACUUCAGCCACAUCAACUUGGCAAUCCUUGUCGCGCAAUCCAGCUACGCUUACCAGAUCUGCGAUGUAUGGAAGCCAGAUCGGCUCAGUGAGGCAAUUAUUCGAAAUGAGGCUGCAUGUGUGAGGGAUCUGAUCUAUCAUUACCCUGGCUGGCUUGAUGACAAGCCGGCUUUUGGGGUCAAAAGCUAUAUGCAUCUCGCAUUGUACACAGCACACUGCUUCGAGGACCUGGUCUCGGGCCUCGUUAUGGCCGCGGAAGAUAAAGUUCCAAACGCUUCCAAGAUGCUGAAUUGGCUUCUGGAGUACGCAGAUUCGUCCGGACGAACACUCGCAGAGUUAGUAGUCUCGGCCUGCAGCCAGGAGUUUCAUCCCACCUCACACGGAAAACGAUGUUGGUAUACGAGCAUUCUACACGUUCUCUUCGCCAAACGAUGUAGGAUGCGCCCGUCGCGUCUCACCAUGCCGCCUUGGAUUUCAGCACGGUGCCAGACCUGUCUCCAUACUUACGUACUCGAGCUUCGUGACCGCCGAAAUUACCUCAAGGAUAUUGCAUUGCGACACUUUACAGUACAUCAAAUCAGAAGAUACGAACUAGACGAGGACGCACCACUUGAUCGUCAUACCGCAUUGGUUGUGCAGGAGUUACGGCAGCUCCAAAUUCACAUCCCAAAGUACCUCAUAACCGCCGAGGACGACCAGGAUAUUUGCCCUUUAUGGCACAGCCCUAUGCAACAUACGUGGCGCAGCUCAGGUUUGAUUCGUUAUCCUUCUGUCCCGAUGUGCAUCCCGUUGGCGUCGGCGCUGUAUACGUUUGGUUUUCGGGACUCACAAGCGCCACUGCAUGAUGGGUCGACGUUUCUGCACCACCUGAUACAUCUGCUCUACACUCCACUUCCCUUUGAUCCUGCCAACUUGCAGACGCUUCGUUGGGCAUUGCAGGACAGCACUCCAACCACAGUGACGCUCGAGAGCUUUUGGAGGUUUGGAUCUGAUGCUCACAGAGAUUGCAUCUUGUGCGUGUGGAUGACAUCGAAUUUGAACCUGACGGUUGCGCACGUGCUCGCCGGCGCCCUGGGACGAACCCUCUCGGUUUUCGCGGAUCCAUCCAACCUUUCCAGCCGUCGCGAGUCUUGGCUCUCGCUAGUCAGUGAGAUCAUGCCUCUGACGUUAAUGGAUACAAGCGCGUGUCUCUGUUCACAGGACGGGCGCACGCCUUUCGUCAUUUUCCUCCAGCAGUACUUCAGUCAAUGGUCCAACUUGUCGAACUUCGGUACUCCUACAUUCCUAGCCAGCCAUCUCAGAAGCGUAAUCUUGGCCUGUGGGCGGGCGUGGACGCCACCCACGUUCCAGGCGGCGAUUCGCCUGCUCACAUUCGAAGCACUCUCCAUGGAACAUACCUGCAACGAUCCUCCUGGAAGCGACUGUGACCAUGACUUGGCUGUCGACCUGGAUCCAGCGCCUGCGAAUACGCAAACGGACCCUAGUGUCGCGAUCUUUUCCAAACUUGUCAAGGAGUUCGACAGCAUGAUCCGAGCAGAGGUCCAGGUGGAUACAUCAGAGAUUCAAGGCGAUGCGCUGAAGUUUGCAGAUGGAGAGGAGGGACUGCAUAACGAGCUUAUCUCAUUGGACGAUUCGCACUGCGAGUCUGCUAACAGGGUGAGCUUGGGAGACUCUCGCGGCAUAAGUCAGGCUACUUGGGAGCGCUGGCUUCAUGUGUGGGUAGAGCUUCUUGACGCUGAGAUCAGCGAUCUGCACGCUCAAAGCAUUGAAGAUGAUCACCUCAAGGCUGCAGAGAAGCUUGGUAUUAAGUGGUGCCAGCCGCCGCCGACCAAGCAACAGCCACUUGGCCAAGAUAUGUCGUCGCUGGAGUUUUGGAUGGGGGAGCUGGACAAGAUUUGAGGAGAUGAUGCGGAGCCUCGACUUGGAUUGUAGCCAAAGGCCAAAAGCCUACGGGUUACAUAUGGAAGAUCGCACAUCUCUGGCUGAGUAGCACGCAUUUGUCUAGCGGGCAUGUGGUUUGUACUACGUUUUUCGUAUGCCUGGUUCAGCGCUCGAGAAUUGGCGCAGUCAUUCACUGCGUCACGCAAUGGGGUCGACGAGGCCUACCAAUUCCUGUCCGCCCUUUCUAUGGUCCAUUCAAAAGACAGUGCCACUUGAGAUUUGCACCUCGUGAUCACCUCCCCACCCGCAAAGAAUCUUCGUGCUUUGGGCGGUUUAAAUCCAGUGAGUUACAUUUAUUUUGCCCAUAAGCUGACUGUGUGUUGCACCUCUGAG